AUGUUUAAUCACUCGUGCAGGUAUUCAUAUAUACCCAAGAGUUCUGGCAAGGAACGGCUGCAGGUGUCUACGAUACCUGGUUUCGUUCACACUGCAGCGUAUGCGAUGUAUCUUUUUCUUUUCGAUACAGAGUCCAGCUCUCCGCCUAACGUCUUAAAACGACAAUGGGAACAGCUACCUCCUUCGACAACCGACACCUUUCGCUCGGUUGCGAAGGCAAUAUUUGAUACCGGUGAUUCAAAAAAUCUCGGUUUUCGAUUUACCGAAAGCGAUGCGUGGUUCCUCGUUGGUGACUACGCGGCCCGACCUAGAAAGAUCCCGCUGAAUACGACAGGCCAACCAAAACCUCGUCAGAUGCGCAAACAAGGCAGAGACGAGUCUCCAGGCCCUCGCAUUCCCUUAGCCGCAUCGCGGAGGAAUAGCAUCGCAGUGGAUCUUCCCCCCGCCGAUGCAAGUCGCGCCGGAACAUUGGAGCCCGAUAUAAAUUCUGCAGAGGACCAUGACCUUCCUACUUGGGCCACCCUGAGCUUUGAAACUACUGCAAUGCCGCCGAGGAAACGUCAGCGCACAGACUAUGAAUACGUGUAUGGGAUAGGGAAACAUAUGUAG